AUUCAGCGAGAUCGCGGGCAGCUGGAAGACAGGUUGAAUCUCACACAGCAUGCUUGAAAUAUUUUUCACUGUGAGGAAGAUAUGGUACAUGAUCAUUGCCGUUAUUGGUGUUCCCGUGAAUUUAGUGGCGAUUACGAUCCUGUCCCGGAGAAAGUGCGGCCUCUCCACCUGCACCACGCGGUACCUGGUGGCCAUGGCAACGGCGGAUCUACUAACCAUCAUCUUUGAUGUGACACUGUGGCAGAUCAGUUAUUAUUACUUCCCCGGGACUUUCCUGGACAUCACCCCCGUGUGCAGCGCGAUCUCUGCCCUGGCAGAGGCAGCCACUGACUGUUCUGUCUGGUUCACCGUCAUGUUUACAUUUGAUCGGUUUGUCGCCAUCUGUUGCCAGAAGCGGAAAGCGAAGUAUUGCACCGGGAAAACUGCGGCUGUGGUUCUGACGGCAACUGGCACUCUGCUCUGUUUCAUAAAUGUGCCCUAUUUCUUUAUAUAUCAUCCAGCGAAAGUGGUUGACAAUAUACCCUGGGACUGUAUUCCAAAACCAGGAUACUAUCAAUAUCCCGUGUGGGUUGGGUAUAGGUGGUUAGCUACCGUUCUAUCGCCAUUACUCCCGUUCGUGUUAAUACUGCUGUUCAACGCUCUGACAGUCAGACACAUUUUGGUGACUAGUCGCGUCCGUAAGGGGCUGAGGGGUCAGAGCAAGGCGGAGAACCGCAGUGACCCGGAGAUGGAGAGCAGGAGGAGGUCUGUGAUCUUACUUCUCACCAUCUCCGGAAGCUUCAUCAUCCUGUGGUCGGUGACUGUUGCCGAAUUCCUUUAUUACACCAUCGCCGGAUUGGAUCCAAAUAAUUACAACGAUUCGGAACAAAUAUUUGUUCAGUCCGGAUACAUGCUGUUGAUACUAAGUUGCUGCACAAACACGUUUAUUUACGGGAUAACUCAGUCCAAGUUCAGAGAGCAGUUCAUCAGCGCAGCGAAAUAUCCGCUCACGUCAAUUAUACAGCUAAUUAAUAAUCAAAACGUCUAGGUUCUUCUCAGCUCAGAGCCACCCGUAGUAAUUUCAAUCUUGUUAGUACAGACUCUGCGGUCAUCGGAGAAUGUGGACGCGGGGAAAAUAAAACUGGUUCAGCGCCUGAGAGAGAGGCACAGAGCACAGUUACAGACCCUCGUCACCCGCAGUCCCCGACCUGCUUCUCCUACCAAUAAUUACGUUCACACUACCUCUUAUUUUUAUUUCACCAUUUUCCCGUACUUGUCCCCACCGCACCCCUUUCGACAACGAAUACCGCACCCUAAUUGGCCAUUCAUCCGGUGACCUACAAAGCCGUUUCGUCUCGGUGACAGAAAGGUAUCGGGACACCUAGUGGAAAUACUGCCUUCACGAGGAGAUGGUUGGAAUUCACACUGAGCGCCCCGGAGAUCAGUUCGAGUCUGGCCCGUACUCAGAAAUUUAGCUGAUUACACCCAACAUCGGCACGUCCUUUUAUAUGCGAUAAGCAGUCAGAAUCCACGUAGACAGACAUCGUAACUUCAACUCUGAGUGUACCUUUGUCCAGUGAGUUGGUAUCAAAUUUGUGAUGUGUUCACCAGCAAAGAGAAAUUCUGAACAAGGUCUAAUUAUCAUCUGCAGAAAGUUUUUCUCUGAAGUUGUCUUUCAUGAAACUACGAGGAGGGAGUCUUUAUUCCUCAUUUCCCUAGGUAACAAAGAACUUCAAGAAAUUCAACACCGUAGAAUCGGCCAAUAGGCACUUUAGGACGGCUUUGAGCCAAGGCCAGAUGGUUAAUUCAGACGUUUAAACUACCUGGGAU